AUGGUCGUGGACGCCGCUCACAAGGCUGGCACCGCGAUCAAAUGCGUCCGGGGCGACUGUGACGCCCUCUGGACCAGCGCCGCCUUCAAGGAGUUCUGCGCCAGCAUGGGGAUCGCGAUCGAGUACUCCCCUCCCGGCGUGCAGCAGUACAACGGCGUCGUCGAGAGCGCCAUCCAGAGGUGCCUCAAGAUCGGCAAGGCAUCUCGCCGCGCUGCCCAAGAGAUACUUGGCCCCGCUGGAUUUUCUCGUAUCCGCGGGCUGAGCGUUCGGGGAGACGAGCUCUGGGCGGAGUCCGCAAAAGACGCCGCGCAGAAGCUGAACCAGUCUGCAUCUCCUUCCAACCCAGGGGGUGUCUCGCCGCAGGAGCUCUACACCGGGAAGAAACGGCCCUUCCGUUUGGUACCGUUUUUCCAGUACGGUUUCAUGUGGGAGCGGCCGGCGACCAAGAUGGACGACAGGGCCGUGCCGUGUUUUUUCCUGAAUGGCGGCGACAACCACGCCGACAUCACGGUCAAGGUGCUCNCGAGGUACUGUAGUGAACCCAAGUUGAUACACUGGAGGGCUGCACUUGGAUUCUUAGGAUAUGCAGUUAGGACUAGUUCUUUCGGGAUUUCUUUUCAGAGGGGGACGGUUUCAGGAUUUUCUUUGAUCACGUUCGCCGACGCGGACUACGCCUCGCGUGCGGCGGAUCGCAGGUCGGUUUCAGGGGGAGUGGUAAUGUGUGCAGGGGGAGCGAUCGCAUGGUUUUCCAAGACUCAGAAGUGUGUGACUUUGUCCACCACGCAGGCAGAGUACGUGGCGAUGGCGGAUAUGGGGAAGGAAAUUCUUUUUCUGAGGCAGGUUUGGCGCUUUAUGUUGCCGAAGGAGUUGCGGCCGUGCAUUCCACUGUACGAGGAUAAUGAGGGUGCUAUCCAGAUCGCAAAACACCCGAUCUCGAAUUCCAACUCGAAGCACAUCGACGUGCGGCAUCACUUCCUCAGACAACUGGUAGAUGAGAAGGAGGUAGAGAUCAUUCAUGUAGCGUCGCAGUAUCAGCAUGCUGACUUCCUCACGAAGGCGCUACCUGAGAGGGAUUUUGUGUUCCACAGGGACUACGUGAUGAAUUUGAAAUGGAGCGGGGAGAUCCGGGGGUUCAACAUGGGGACGAAGGAGAGGUGUGAUCAGUUUGGAAAGGACCUGGGAGAGUACGUACCGGUGAAGUCUCUGGGGGAGUUGCAGUGGUACUCUGGUUGCUAUUACGAGAGAGACAGAGAGGCAGGUAGAUUGACGAUUUCGCAGGAGACAUACACCAAGGAGUUGGGAGAGAGAUAUGGUGUCGAGUGGGGCGGAGGCAUUCCUUUGCCCACGACUUGGAGACUUUGGGACUCUGACGUGAAUGAGCCGAGCGUAGAGUACCCAUUUCGCGCGCUAAUUGGUUCGUUGCUAUGGGUAGCUUUGUUGACUAGGCCGGAUAUCGCGAAUGCAGUGAGGGCAGUGGCGAGGUACUGUAGUGAACCCAAGUUGAUACACUGGAGGGCUGCACUUGGCAUCUUAGGAUAUGCAGUUAGGACUAGUUCUUUCGGGAUUUCUUUUCAGAGGGGGACGGUUUCAGGAUUUUCUUUGAUCACGUUCGCCGACGCGGACUACGCCUCGCGUGCGGCGGAUCGCAGGUCGGUUUCAGGGGGAGUGGUAAUGUGUGCAGGGGGAGCGAUCGCAUGGUUUUCCAAGACUCAGAAGUGUGUGACUUUGUCCACCACGCAGGCAGAGUACGUGGCGAUGGCGGAUAUGGGGAAGGAAAUUCUUUUUCUGAGGCAGGUUUGGCGCUUUAUGUUGCCGAAGGAGUUGCGGCCGUGCAUUCCACUGUACGAGGAUAAUGAGGGUGCUAUCCAGAUCGCAAAACACCCGAUCUCGAAUUCCAACUCGAAGCACAUCGACGUGCGGCAUCACUUCCUCAGACAACUGGUAGAUGAGAAGGAGGUAGAGAUCAUUCAUGUAGCGUCGCAGUAUCAGCAUGCUGACUUCCUCACGAAGGCGCUACCUGAGAGGGAUUUUGUGUUCCACAGGGACUACGUGAUGAACUUGAUUUGGUANGUUAUGUUGCCGAAGGAGUUGCGACCGUGUAUUCCACUGUACGAGGAUAAUGAGGGUGCUAUCCAGAUCGCAAAACACCCGAUCUCGAAUUCCAACUCGAAGCACAUCGACGUGCGGCAUCACUUCCUCAGACAACUGGUAGAUGAGAAGGAGGUAGAGAUCAUUCAUGUAGCGUCGCAGUAUCAGCAUGCUGACUUCCUCACGAAGGCGCUACCUGAGAGGGAUUUUGUGUUCCACAGGGACUACGUGAUGAAUUUGAAGUGA